AUGGAGGGGACAAUAGAGCGACACUCUCUGCUUCAAUUCGGUCAACUGUCGAAGCUUUCGGAGUCGUCGUCGGAGCUCCGGAAUGAGUUGGGUUCAGCUCCGGAAGAUUGCGGAGAGAAAGAAUUCAUUCUCAGCCAAGACUUCUUCUGCACACCUGACUAUAUAACUCCGGACAAUCAGAACUUGAUGAAUGGUUUAGACAUCAGCCAGGAUUAUUCUCCUUGUCCUAGGUCACCUGUUAAACUUACUACAGCUAAAAGCAAAAGAUGUCGCCAGGACAGUUUCACAUUUAAUACUUCAGAUUCUACCUGGGCUUCAAAAUAUAAAGAGAAUGAUGAUGAUAUUGACACAGACGAGAUUAUGGAGGAUAAAACUGAGAGGACUGGAUAUGUUUCACGGACUGCAGUUGCUUUGCGGUCUCGGGUUAUGCCACCUCCUUGCCUCAAGAACCCAUAUGUGAUGAAUGAAUCCCAGACAGCCACCGACCCUUUCGGAUAUCAGAGGUCUAAAUGUGCUAGUUUUCUCCCUGCAAGUGUAGGUGGGGAUGGCCUCUCAAGAUAUCUCACAGACUUUCAUGAAAUUCAGCAAAUAGGAGCUGGCAAUUUCAGUCGUGUAUUUAAAGUUUUGAAGAGAAUUGAUGGUUGCUUGUACGCUGUGAAACACAGCACAAGGAAGCUGUAUCUAGAUUCAGAAAGGAGUAAAGCUAUGAUGGAAGUCCAAGCUCUUGCUGCUCUAGGCUUCCAUGAAAAUGUAGUAGGAUACUACAACUCCUGGAUUGAAAACGAGCAGUUAUACAUUCAACUUGAACUCUGUGAUCACACCUUAUCCAAGAAAUCUUCUCUUAGGAUCUCAGAGCGAGAGAUUUUGGUGAUUAUGCAUCAGAUAGCUAAGGCGUUACAGUUUGUGCAUGAGAAAGGAAUAGCUCAUUUAGAUGUAAAACCGGAGAAUAUAUACAUAAAGAACGGUGUCUGCAAGCUCGGAGACUUCGGUUGUGCAACGCGGUUGGACAAAAGCUUACCAGUAGAAGAGGGAGAUGCACGUUACAUGCCACAAGAAAUACUAAACGAAAACUAUGAGCACCUUGAUAAAGUGGAUAUCUUCUCCUUGGGUGUCACGGUUUACGAGCUGAUAAGAGGAUCACCACUUACAGAAUCAAGAAACAAGUCCCUCAAUAUCAAACAAGGCAAACUUCCUCUUCUUCCAGGCCAUUCGUUACAGUUACAGCAACUGCUUAAGACAAUGAUGGAUCGUGACCCAAGGCGUCGUCCUUCUGCUAGAGAAUUAAUGGAGCAUCCCAUGUUCGAUAGGAUUCGAUGUUGAGAUUCAUUAAACUCUCUCAGAUGUUGAGAAACUCCAAUUUUGUAAAUUAUGUUGGUACCGUUGUAGCUAAACCCGUUCUCCGUUGAACACAAACUGCGUGUCGUUUCUCCCUACCGAGUCUGCCUUCUCGGCGACGCAACAACUGUGGUUGUUUCCGAAACAGAAGAAACGAUAGCAUUGUGAAAACGAAGAGUUGAGAAAAUAGAAUGACACAAGAUGAAACUGCGAGGCGUAGGUGGGUUUUUGUUUUAUAUAUACAUUGCAAUUAUCUUUUGAAUGACACAUCAUGAAAUUG